AUGUCGAGAAAGCAAGUUAAGGGCGAGUAUAUCGAGACGGACACUGGAAACAAGGUCGCGCGCAAGGCCAUCUUGAUCGGCACCCAGCACAUCAUGCUCGGAGGCAAGACGGUAAUCCAAGCUGAAGCAAUGAUCCGAGGUGACCUCGCUCGCACUGCGCAAGUGCCUUCGAGCUCGGGCGCUGCUCCUGGCAGCAAUACAGCUGUGGCAAUUGGGCGGUACUGCUUCCUUAGCAAGGGGUGCUGUUUGCGACCGCCCGGCCGCAUUUAUAAGGGAUCUUUCACCUAUCUCCCCCUCCGACUAGGCGAUCAUGUUUUCAUCGGCGAAGGCACCGUCGUCCAGGCCGCCACCGUCGGAAGCCACGUCCACAUCGGCCAGAAAGUCGUCGUCGGCGAAUUCGCCAUCAUCAAGGAUUACGUCCGAGUCCUCGACGGAUCAGUCAUACCCGCGAACAUGGUCAUCCCCAGCUUCAGUAUCGUGGCCGGCCAGCCUGCCAGAAUCGUGGGCGAGGUCCCCGAGGGCGGACACGAGGCAUUCGAGCUGCGGGAGCUGUACAAGUCGGUCGGAAAUAACCCACAGCCUUUGCCCGUGUGA